UGGCACAACAUUUCAAAAUGGCGGCCGAAGUUUGCUGGAGUUGUCUCGCGCGAAGCAAACUUUUGCUUAAUUCUUUACCACUUUUUAACGGUAGAAGUCUUUUAGGACAACGAAAUCUGUUCAGAUAUCUCACAACUUCAAACGGAGAAUCCCUUCCUUCACAAGAAAAUAUCAAGCCUUUGAAAUCAGACACCCUCCCCCUGUCACAAGAUCCUACAGAUUACAAAAACACAACUCAUCCAGAAAUUGUCGAAAUUCUUGAAAAAUCAAGACCAAAAUUAGUGGGCAAUAACUGGCAUAAGCCCAAACUCAGUGCAAGACGAGUUGCUGAACUUAGAAAAAAGUAUGUAGCUCAGGGAUAUUUUUGGCCAGAAAGACCACUAGUGGACAGAGAAAUGGACAAGACUCCAAAGGGACACAAAUAUGAAAGGGAAAAAGAGGAGAAGUUGGCAAAAAUUGAAGAAAAUAUGAAAAACAUGCCAAAAAUAAUUGAAGAAUAUAGAAAGAGAAUGAGAGAGCUAAGAGCCAAGAGAAAAGAAGAGCGAAAAGUAUCUUCAUUGAAGUCGCUAGAAGCCAAGAGGCUUGGAAUACACCCAAAAGACCCUCGUGCGCUUGCAGGACUUGGCCAGGACUCUGGGUCAAAGAGCAAAGCAAAGUUUAAAAAGAAAUAACAGAAAAAAUAAUAUAAUGUUGUACAAAUAAGAUUUGCUUAGAAAUAAAGAUUCUGUGUUUUUAAAAAAUCAUGACCUUUCACUGUGUAAAAAAAAGAUAAAGAACAAAUAAAAAAAUUUA